CUAAAAUGAAAACAAAUGUUUUCCUUGUGUUGCUAGGAAGAACUAAUGGGGCUCAAGUGUAACUGCCCCAUGAUUUUUAAUUUUGAGUCAGAACUUUUUUUUUUCAAGUUUCGGUUGGAUCACCCAAAGGUUUCAUGACGAUUUAAAUGACUUUCCACGGAAGGGGACAAAAAGGUACACCUGCCAGUGGAUUCUUAAAAGGUGUACUUGUUCUUUCCUUGGAUGCGUUUUCUUUUAGAAAUGUGGGCGGUGAGGGAGUAUCAAGUUCCAGGUGACGCCUCUGCAUUCACACACACUGAGCGCCCCACACACUAAAACACACACACUCUGGCCUGCUCGGCUUCCAAGGCCACACAUUCCCUAAAUGAAGAACGUUGUGGACCACAGGGGCAGUUUUUUGUCCUUCCGUGGAAUUUAUAAAGUGCGGAUUGAAAUUUCACACAUCCGAUGACUACUUUGGCUCGAGCGAAGACGUCAUGGCCAAAGUGUAUGGACUCUAUGUUGCAAUAUUGACAGUGCUGGCCUUGCAUGAAUGUUCCUUGGCCAGCUGCAACGCCACCGACAAGGCCGUCAAUCAAACGGAAGGCCCCUGCCAUCGCCAGGGCAACGAAGACAACUGCACAGCGCCUACUCUGGACACGGGACAGUGGAAUGGACACUUCAGCAAAUGUCCGCAUGAACUCCAUCACUACUGUAUCCAUGGAGAGUGUCGCUACAUAAAAGACCAAAAGACACCGUCCUGCAGGUGUCAGUAUGGUUACAUCGGUUCCAGGUGCGAGUACGUGGACCUGGACGGGCGGAUAGGAGAGAGAAAGCAGAUCAUCAUCAUCUGCGUUAUCGCAGCACUCGUGGUCCUUAUUCUUCUCAUUGUGUUUAUUUUUGUCUGUUCACGUCGCAGAUUUCGAUGUUGCCGGAAGAGGAGACGGCGGCGGGAGGAACCGAAGAACGGGACGGAGAAACUAAACAUGAUGGCUCCCAAAACAUCGGACUCAGGGGAGCCUUUAAACAAUAACGCCGUUUGACAGGAGUGUGCGUUCAUGCCUGUCUGGGAACAGUUCAAGUGUCGUUUUUGAUGGAUGCACAGGAACUGCUGAAAUCCAGCCCUCUGGCCUUGGAAUCCUUCUUGACAGCAAGCCAUCUCUGCACACCAUGGAGUACAUUCAAAUGUGAAGCCUGGGUGGGACACUGAGAUAGCGAUAACUUGGAUUUAUGAUCAACCCGAGCCAGGGAUGAGCGCUCAAGGGAACAUGCUGGACUAAUUAGGGCGCUAUUGGUCCUUUUAAAAGCCACCAAUUGUGGAUCCCAGUGCAGCAAAAUCAACACUUUCCAUCAGUUUGUCCAUCAUCCGCAGUAACUUGCUGAAUACGCCGUAUUGUAUGAUGUCAUUGCUUAUUUAUCAACAUUAUCAAUGCAAAGUGUCCUUGGCAACCAAUAUGUUUGCCCAUAACUCACUCCUUACUUUGGCUGUAUAUGUUAAACCUCUCUCUAGUCUGUAUAUGGAAAAUCUUUUUGAAAAGCAUUAGCACAAGUGUUACGCCACAAGCCGCAUUUUUGUUUUUGAUGAUCUGGAAGGACUCGUAAAUGUGAAAAGAUUGCAGGAGGAGCACAAGGAGGACUUUUUAGGGUAUAUUUGGACCCAGGCCUGAACAACCCAACCUGUGUGCGAGUGAGGAGAAAGUGGUCCGCUGUUGGUGGAGUCUGCUCGCGUUUAUUUAGGUCUCAUCACUAUGUUUGCUGUAUUUGUAUAUGAACUCUCACCACAUCCACCAUAAAACAGCUUCAAUGUCAAUGCCAGGGCUUUUUUUUUUUUUUUUCUCCAACAUGCCAGGAGAUUGUGUAUAAACAAUGAAAUGGUUAAAAAUGGUUACACUACAGUGAUGGUAUGUUGUAAUAUAAGCAGCUGCAAUUAGCAGCAUGAUGUCGUAGGCGUUGACAAAUUCCUGCGCUGUUGGCAGCAAGUUUUCACAUUGAAAGAUGUUAUGAAUAGGGGUGUAACGAUUCAUCGAUACACAUCGAUUGAUCGAUAUAAUGCUCUACGAUUUAUUGGCAUCGAUGCUAAACGUAAACAUCGAUUUAUAUCGCCGCGUUUUAGACGCGACUUUAUUUGGAAAUCCAGUUCAUUGUUGCUUGCUUCCUCUUUCCGGGAGCAGUGCGCGGCGUGUUGUGUUGUGAGCAGAGCAGGCACGUGAAAGGGGAGUCGACAACUAGUACGCGGCUCCUGUCCUGGUGCUAUGGCUAGUGUCCAAAAAGACGAGGAAAUUGGCUCCCCUUUAGGCUUCAAGUCAUUCUUUGGACGCACUUUGGAUUCCAAAGAAAAGAUGACUCAACGGACAAUGUAUAUUUAUAUUUAAAGAAAAAACAAAACAUCAAAGUUCAGUGUUAUAAGCACUUUGUAUACUACAAUACUCUUGUAAUUUCCUAAAUAAAGAGUUUGCAGUACCUUGUUGAUUUUGCGUAUGAAUUGUUAUAAAUCAGGAUAUUGUUCUAUAUUUUUUAUUUAAAAAAAAAAAUAUAUAUGUAUCGAUCGUAGAGCACUAUAUCGUGACGUAUCGUGAAUCAAUCACAGCAGGGUUUAAGAUAUCGGCAAAUAUCGUAUCGUGCUUCUUUGUAUCGAUAUGAUAUCGUAUCGUGACAAAACCCGCGAUUUACACCCCUAGUUAUGAACAAAUAUUCAUUUAGAAAAAAAAGAAUAUAUAUAUAUAUAUAUACACGAGUGCUGUUUCUAAUAUUUUGACUCUCCCAUGUGACUAUUACAAUCAUAAUAUGACCAGACAUACGUACUUAUGUCUAAAUAUGUUUUUGGGAGAUAAACGUGCGUUUUAAACGAUAAAUCGAUGGUUUCCUGGGUAUGGACGGAUCAUUGACCUAAUUCCAGGUGUAUGUCUCCAGUGAGCUGUGGAAUGUAAAGGGGUGUGUUCUGAUAAGCGUGACAGAUAGCAGCCCGCGUGACACUUACAGGGAAGAGUCUAUCAUAAAAAAAAUUUUAAUAUCAAAUUCCGGAAAGGUGCCAAAAUGAGCCCUUUAAGCUGUGCUAGGUGUUCGAUAGCCGUUGAUCUCAUCAAUAUUCCCUCAAACAUGUUUGUUGCAUACAACCUUGUUGUCUUCGUCUUAUUGUUCAUGACUAGCAAAUCAAUUUACUGCUAUAAUAAUGCCCCCACCACCCCCAAGCCCCUACUUCUUUAUCACACCAAUGCCAGCAGCAGAAGGCCGAAGAAAGCGAGGCGUGACACGAGCUUAUCCUUGGAAAUAACAGCGGGAAACAUGUAAAGUGCAUUAUCAGUAUCAAAACACCCUGAAUAGAAUAUUAGUCAUAAAUGGCAGCAAUUUAUGAAGAUGUGAUAAGCAUGGCUCCAGAAUUUGCACUCUCCUGGUAAUAAAGGGAGGCUGGAAAAAAAAUGGAUGAACUUAUAUUUUUUAUCCUUAUUUAUUCAUUGUUUGUGCCUUCUUGUUUUUAGUUUUUGUGUUGUUUACUUGUAUGUAUAUCGUGUUCUAUGUCUUGUCACCGUGGGAUAGUGGGAAUGUUAUUUCGAUUUCUUUGUGUGUCUUGGUAUGUGAAGAAAUUGACAAUAAAGCGGACUUUGACUUUU